AGUUCGAAUCAGAAGGUGGCGAAUAGCAACAUAACUUCAUUUUCGAGACAUUUAUACACACUCGCGUUAUUCCCGACCCCCUGUUUGUCCAAAAAAGCUUAAAAAAUCAGAAUUAAUAGUAAAAGUGCAGCUUUUUUAAGCUCUUCGUCCUCCUUUGUAGGGAGAAACAGGAGCUCGAGACUCUCCGUAUGUAUACUACACGUAGUAUAUAACAGUAUAGACUCUUAUAUAUCCAAGAAGAGGCUCAAAUAAACGCCCAAAACCAAUUUAAGCUGUGGUGCAUGUGAUAUAGGACGGGUGGUCUGCCAUGGAGGAGUCGGCCCCCAGCACGGCGGGGCCUGAGUUUGACGUGUACGGAGCGAUGGAGUGGAAAGACGGAGUGGGGACCCUCCCCGGCAGCCAGCUGAAGUUCCGGGUGAAUGAGUUUGGGGUGCUGGAGGUCAUAACGGACGAGGGCGAUGAGGAGGGGGUGAAGAAGGCUCACGCUAAAACCACAUGGAGUGUACCCACCGCACAGGAGGCUCUGGCGGAGAAGGUGCAGGUGGAUCUGUGGGGGCAGCGUGGCCUGGUGUGUGUGCACUGUAACAGGAAGGGCUCUGCAGUGGACUUUCUGUCUGAUGGACGCCACUGCAGUGAACGCUGCCUACAGCAGGACCAGCAGGAUGAACUGAAGUCUCAGAAAGGAGAAUCCAGGAGUAAUGGAGAGGUCACAGGGGUCAGCAGGAAGAGGCCACACCAGGGCAAUGAAGAGAUGGACGGAGUGAUAGAGGAGGUGGAGGAGGAUGGGGAAGACAAUGAAGAGAAAGAGAGCAGGCGGCCGGCGCGUGGCGCUCCACGGGGUCGCAGGAAACGAAGGGGGGACGCAGCUCUGCUCAAACAGACGGUUCCGUAUGGUGGGAAGAAGAAGUCGUGGUGUUGGGCUUCGUAUCUGGAGCAGGAGAAAGCCGUCGCUGCUCCUGGCAAACUUUAUAAAGAGUACCAGUCGUUUCCUCAGGGUAAGAAUGGCUUCAGGGUAGGGAUGCGGCUGGAGGGAGUCGACCCUGAACACCCCUCCAUGUACUGCGUGCUCUCUGUUGCCGAGGUUUCUGGUCACAGGAUCCGUCUGCACUUUGAUAAGUUCUCAGAGUGCUAUGAUUUCUGGGUAAACUGUAACUCUCCGGAUAUUCACCCUGCAGGCUGGUGUGAGAAAACGGGCCACAAGCUGCAGCCACCUAAAGGGAUGAAGAGUGAAGCGUUCAGCUGGUGCUCCUACCUGAAGAUGAAUAAAGUUCAAGCAGCACCCAAAGCCCUGUUUGACAACCAGAACACUAUGGUCACACCUUUAGGCUUCAGAGUCGGGAUGAAGCUCGAGGCGGUCGAUAAGAAGAAUCCUUCAUUCAUCUGCGUUGCCACGGUUACGGACUUGGUGGACAGCCGCCUCCUGGUGCACUUUGAUGGCUGGGAUGAGAGCUACGAUUACUGGUGCGAUGCCACAAGUCCAUACAUCCAUCCGAUUGGUUGGUGUCAGGAGAACGGCAAGACGCUUACCACGCCCCCAGGAUUUCCGGACACCGCCAGCUUCUCCUGGGAGAAGUAUCUGGAGGAGACCAGCUCAUUACCCGCUCCAGCAAGAGCCUUCAAAACCAGGCCUCCCCACAGUUUCCAGCUGAAUAUGAAGUUGGAGGUGGUGGAUAAGAGGAACCCCAUGCUGAUCAGAGUGGCUACUGUGGCGGAGACAGACGAGCACAGAAUAAAGAUCCAUUUCGAUGGCUGGACAGAUGAAUAUGAUUACUGGGUGGACACAGACAGCCCUGAUAUCCAUCCCGCUGGGUGGUGCACCAAAACAGGACACCCUCUCCAGCCCCCCAUCAGUCCACAGGACAUGUUUGAGUCAUCAGAGGUGGGCUGUCCUACACCGGGCUGCAAAGGAGUCGGACACAUCAAAGGAGCUCGCUACUCUGGACAUCACAGUGCCGUUGGCUGUCCGUACUCCGAAAUCAACAUGAACAAGGACUCAGUUCUGCCCGACCGUCUCAGUGGUGAGAUGCCGGGCUCUGGAGUGGGCCGACUGCGCCGGGAACCAAACCCUCACGUAGACACCAGCGCUCAGGAUAUGCCCGUCUCCUCCGCACCCUCGCUCCCGGACAAGCCCAACACGGCAACCGGCACCAUGGAAACGCCGCAUAAGAAGCCUGUCGGUACGGAGACGAAGAGAAGGGUUGGUCGGCCGUCUAAGGUGCGGAAGGUGAAGGUGGAGGAGCUCCCGCAGGAAGAGGAGAUGGAGAGUGAGGUGUCGUCCACUGUGGAAUCUAAAGAGUUGACUCUGCAGCAGGCUCUGCACCAGUCCGUGUUUAUGCCUUGCUCCACGCCAUCUCCCAGCAUGCCUCACUGCUGGGACCAGCACAGUAAACUCCUCCCAUCGGUGGCUGGAAUCACGGCCAGUAACGUGGCCACCUGGAGCGUGGAGCAGGUGACUGAGUUUAUCCAGGGUCUGCCAGGCUGUAGGGAGCAAGUGCGCACUUUCAGGGAGGAGCAAAUCGAUGGCGAGGCGUUCCUACUGCUGACCCAGACUGACCUGGUGAAGAUUUUGAGUAUAAAGCUGGGUCCGGCGCUGAAGAUCUAUAACUCCAUACUCAUGUUUAAGACUGCAGAGAACUCUGCCUGCAAUGAACUUUGACGUCCACUGGGACAGCAGACUCUGGCCAAUGACCCUCACUCACCUGUGGUGAGGCCACAGCUUAACCUGAAGGGCUUUUAGAAGGAACAACACAUUCAGAAUGCAAGAUCAUAUACAAUACAUAUAGCUUUAUAACUGAUAACACCACAAUCAAAGGUCACUGUCAGCUGUUUUUUUUGCACAUUACUGUUUUGCUGGCAUGAGAAAUCCUGACCUGUCCAGGGUAUGUCCUGCCUUCCACCCAGUGGCUGCUGGAAUAGGCUUCAGCACCACCCCCCUGCCCCCGCAACCCAGAAGGAUAAGCGGUUUAGAAAAUGUGUGUGUGUGUGUGAGAGAGAGAAAACCUUGUAUCUCAGAAAUAAUAACUUUUAUAGGAGACAGAAAAACACUCAACAUCUGCUGUUGUAGUUUAAAAUGGAAUUGCACUAGUUUUUAAAAAUAACUGCAUAAUUUAGUGUUUAAGAUGUGAACAGAGAGAUUUAGAGUGGUUUGGUGUGAAAUGGUUCAGAUGUCUUUA